AUGUCCCAACCUAUCAAGAUCUACGUCUCUUCAACGGGUCCAAAUCCAUGGAAGCCUGUGAUAAUACUAGAAGAACUCCAAAUUCCCUACGAGUUGAAGCUCCUCUCAUUUCUAGAGCUUACCGGUGAAGAAUUCAAGAAGAUCAAUCCUUGCGGCAAAGUUCCGGUUAUGCACGAUCCCAACGAAGAUGUCCUACAAUGGGAGUCAGGAGCCAUUGUUCUGUAUCUUAUUGAGCAGUACGAUAAGGAGAAGAAACUCACUUUUGACUCGGUGAAGGAGAAAGCUUUGCUGUAUCACUGGCUCAUGUUCCAGAUGAGUGGACAGGGUCCAUUCUUUGGACAGCUUUCCUGGUUCAACUAUCUCCACAGCGAGGUCCUCCCCUCCGCCAUCUCGCGCUACACUGAGCAAGCUCAUCGUGUACUUCGCAUUCUAAACGGGGCUCUAGAAGGCAAAUCUUGGCUCUUAGGCGACAAAUGCACGUAUGCAGAUUUAUCGUUCUUCAUGUGGAAUGUCAUCUUACCGAUAUCUUUGAAGUGUGAAGAGGGGGAAAGUCCGUUUGAUGCGUAUCCUAAUGUGAAGGCCUGGCAUGAGAGGAUGGCGGAAAGGGAGGCCGUCAAGAAGGUUCUUGGCAUUAGACAAGGCAUGAUUGAUAGCGAAAAUUUGGGCGAUGAUCAUUUGCCAAAAGAUCUGAAUAUGGAUGAGAUUAGGGAGAGGAUUUGA